AUGUGCCCUGGUGUGGAGGUGAUGAGUAAUGGGGGUCUUGGAAUUGCUCCAUGGAAUGCUGGAGAAUCAGCUCUGGAGUUUAGGAGGUUGGAGGGGCCAGGGAUGCAAGGACCCUUGGAGGCAUUCAGGAGGAGAGGAUGGAAUACACAGAGGGCCCCCUUCUCUUUCAGCUUUUUAAUUGCCCUCUCUCCUCACACAGUAGAUUACUGCUCCUCCUAUGAACUGUUCAAUAGGUGGUGGCAUGGGCACAGCCUGGCUACACAGUGGCUGGGCCUCUUUAUUCUUAUGUUAGUGUGA